AUGGCAUCUCUUUCAACUUCUCUGCUACAGCCCAGUUUUCAACACUUAAAUGUUAGCAUAAAACUGCCUGAUCAUUUGCAUAAUUCGUGUCUAAUACCGAAAAAUCUUGCAUUUCAAAGACUUGGGUUUAUUUCACAACAUGGGUCGUUUAGAAAACUGAAGAUUGCUGGAUGUUCUCGUCAAGCUGAAGCUUUGGCUGAUUCUAAUACUCAAAUAUUUGAUGUUGCAAUUCUGACCUGCUCCGAGGCUAUUGAAAGGCUAAAGAAAAACCGAGAAAAUCAGGCAGGCAAGCAGCAAUUCUUGGCCAUGUACUCUAGCAUUUUUGGUGGAAUAACAACGGAUACAGCAGCUAUGGUGAUACCUAUGGAUGACCACAUGGUCCACAGAGGACAUGGUGUCUUUGAUACUGCUGCAAUAGUAGAUGGGCACUUAUACGAACUGGACCAACACCUUGACCGUAUAAUAAGGUCCGCAUCCAUGGCCAAAAUUAAUCUUCCUUUUGAUAGGGAAAGUAUGAGGAGAAUACUCAUACAAACAGUGAGUGCUUCAAAGUGCAAGACAGGAUCACUAAGAUACUGGCUCUCGGCAGGACCUGGUGAUUUCCAACUAUCUCCGUCUGACUGCCAUCAGCCAGCUCUUUAUGCCAUUGUAAUCCAAGAUCAAUCUCCACAUGAUUCAAGAGGCAUCAAGGUAGUAACUUCAUCAAUCCCAAUAAAAACCCCACAAUUUGCCACCAUGAAGAGCGUAAAUUACCUUCCAAAUGUGCUUUCAAAGAUGGAAGCAGAGGAGAAUGGUGCAUAUGCAUCUAUUUGGCUGGAUAAUGAUGGAUUCAUAGCUGAAGGGCCUAACAUGAAUGUGGCAUUUGUCACUAAGGAAAAAGACCUUCUGAUGCCUGCCUUUGACAAAAUUUUGAGUGGGUGCACAGCUAAGAGAGUUUUGACACUAGCAGAGGGGCUGGUAUGGGAGGGUAAACUCCAUGGAAUAAAGGUAGAUAAUGUGACCGUAGAGGAAGGAAAGAAAGCAGACGAGAUGAUGCUUAUUGGCAGUGGAGUGCUUGUUCGCCCUGUGGUUCAGUGGGACAAUCAGGUCAUUGGCAAUGGCGAAGAAGGUCCCAUAGCUCGGGCGCUCUUGGCUCUUAUACUGGAAGACAUGAAAGCAGGCCCCCCUGCAGUCCGAGUGCCUGUCCCAUAA